UUUCCUAUUUGGUGUACAGAGAUAACCACCAAAACUUAAUCAAUAAACCACUUGUCUAUUCCUGACUGCUUCUGCUUCCUCAUUUCAGAAUAGGAGCCAAUGACUCAUUUACUAACACCACCUCCUACCACUGCUGCAGCAGCUCUCUCCUCGGGAGCCCGCAAGAGCCUCCUCUAUUCUCGGAAAAAUGGUAACUUUCCGAUGUCAACAGUGUCCAACUUUGGUCCCCAAUAUCAACAAUCACAGCCCUCUUCCAUAUCUGAUCUUCAUCAAGUCCCUUCUCAUCGUGGCCACUCUCUGCGUCGCAGGACAUUGAUGGGGCUGAGUGGUGCGGUAGUGGUGGGGUUGGGUUUGCUUGAUGAGCAAAGGGCAAGUGGUGCAGCAAGGCGUCCACCGCCUCCACCACCGACGGAGAAAAAGGACCCUAGCGUGAGUGGUGUUAUGGCUAAAAUAUUGGCUAGCAAAAGGAGAAAAGAAGCCAUGAAAGAAGAAGUUGAGAAGCUGAGAGCUAGAGGCAAAACCGUUAAUAAAGACGCACCACCACCUCCUCCACCUGAAUAGUUUCCACGUGUUUAACCUUUCUAUUGUUAUUUUCAAAUGGUUCGUGUUACUUUUGUAUUACCAUUGUCGUUCGAUUGAAUAAGAUAUUUUAGCUUCACAGGUUUAAUGGAUUGAAA